AUGUCCCCCUCCCUCCGCCGCCUCCUCAAAGAAGCCUCCGAGCUCUCCUCCUCCCCCUCCCCUUACUUCCACGCGCACCCGGUCUCCGACUCCAACCUCUACGACUGGCACUUCACGCUCGCCGGCCCGCCGGCACCCUCGCCCUACGCGCACGGCAUCUACCACGGCCGCAUCGUCCUCCCACCGACCUACCCGCUGCGCCCGCCGUCCUUCCGCUUCCUCACCCCCUCCGGCCGCUUCGAGGUCAACCGCGAGAUCUGCCUGAGCAUCUCGGGCCACCACGAGGAGACGUGGCAGCCGGCGUGGGGGAUCCGGACGGCGCUGCUGGCGCUGCGCAGCUUCAUGGACGCCGAGGCGAAGGGCCAGGUCGGCGGGCUGGAUGCGCCGGAGGAGGUGAGGAGGGAGUUGGCCGGGCGGAGCCGGGGGUGGGUGUGUGAGGUUUGUGAGGGGCGGAGGUCGAAUGAGGAGGUUUUGAGGGAGUGGAGGAAGGUCUGUGAGGAGAGUGGGGUGGUGGUUGCGGAGGAUGAGGGUGAGGGUGAAAGCAAGGGUGAGGAUGAGGGCGAGGGCGAGGUGACUGCGCCGGAGGUGGUGUCUGAGGAAGACUCUGCUGCUCCGACUCAAACCCCAGCUUUGCUCGCGACAGAGGAACAACAACCACCCCCAUCAACUACCUCAUCAAACCCAUCAUCCGCGGCCGCGGCCGCAUCCUCGCCACCACCUCCCUCGUCAGACCAUGCAAACCCAGCUCCGCCAGCUCCUACGCCAACCAUCCCCCUUCCAGUCCCUGCAGCAGCAGCAGCGCAGUCCCAAUCCUCAGAUAGCUCCUGGCUCGACCGAGCCAUCCUCGGCGUCCUCAUCGCGCUAGUCGUCAUGAUCAUCCGACGGAUGGCCCGGACGGACGACAUCUAA